AUGCAAGCUGCGCAAGCUGCGCAAGCUGCGCAAGCAGCCCAAGCUGCACAAAUUGCACAGGCCCAAGCUGCUCAAGUUCAAAACACACAGCCUCAACAGCUUCAAUCGCAGCCCACGCAAAACCAACCGAAUUACGUAUCGCUCGACCAACUUCAACAAGUCCGAACGGAGUUAACUGAUAUAUUUCAACAAAGAUUUGACCAACUCCUGAAUGCAAUCAACCCAACGAAUCGCCCAGGCACAAGUCAAACAGCACCACCAGCAUCGAGCGCGAAUAGCGAGAGUACACAGCCUCAAAAUGCUCAAACCAUCCAGAAUACACAAUUUCAAACUCAAAAUGUACAAUCUCAACCUCAAAUUGUACAAAUGCAAACCCAAAUCCCAGUUCAGGCACCAAUUUCUGUACAACAGCCGUUGAAUUCUCAAAUUAUUCCACCCCACGCUCAAAUUUCGAGUCAAAGUGUUCCACCGGCACAACAGCCAAUCAUUUCUCAAAGUUAUCAACCUCAAGUGCAAAUUCCAAUUCAACCUCCGCUUAAUACACAAACGCAACAGCCAAAUGCACAGCAAAAUGUUCAAAUGCAGCCACCAAUUCAAAUUCAAACUGCGGUACCUGCACCACAAACUCCAAUUCCAAUCAACAUUGUCACACCGUUGGGUUCAUCAAAUGCAAAUGUUCAGCCUCAAUCAUCGAAUGUUGCUCAAAGUACAGCUAAUGUUAUUCAGCAAAAUGCAAACCAAACACACAGUGCAUCUACACAAUCAAAUGCUCAUGCACAAAAUGUUGUACCAAAUCCACCAAUUUUACAUACAAUUGGUAAUGUGCAAUAUUUAACGCAACCAAAUAACAUUCCCCAAACUAUUGACAGCAAUAUUCAGCAUCAAUCAUCGAAUAGUCAAACGCAUAGACCAGAUGGAGACGGUAAUAAUUUGGUUAAUCAAGCUUUUCCGCAAGCUCCGCCUGCGCACACUGGUACUAUUCCACGCGUACGACAAACCACGCCUGCUCAGAAUAACCAGCAAAGCUUUAAUGAUAAUCAAAUGCACAACAUUUAUCACGGUCGAGAUAACUAUUAUCCACCCGACGAUGAUCCGUCUGAUGGCGAAGACAGCGAAAACGGAUUCGAUUUCGGCAAUCUCCCACGAAGAAACGCCAGGAACCAAAAUCAAACCCAAAAUUUGCCUCAACUUGAACGCCGUGUCGGACAGGACAGAAUGUACACUUUGGAUAGAUUAGCGCGUAGCAUCCGGCCAAUCAAAUCAUCGGCACCAGCAGAUAUUUCAGCAUUUAUCAAAGCGGUAGAUAUCGCCCACAUACAGACUAUGUCCAGAGACGAGGACGAGUAUUUCACCCGCGAGCUAAAACUGAAAGUCACUCGUGUGGAAUUUAUUCCAGCAUAUGAAAUUGCUCAAACCAUUUACUGGAGAGAUCUCAAGGGAAUGCUUCAAACGGAAUACAACAAUACUAACAGCAAAAGAUCGUCAGAAGCGAAACUUCAAAAUCUACGCCAAACACCAACCGAAACUGUUGAUGAAUAUCGCCUAAGAGCCAGAAAGUUGAUGAAUGAGUUCAAAGUACAUCAUGGUAAUGCAAUGACACCAGAACUUGAAGAGCGUAUAGGCAAUGAAAUUGCAACUAAAUUCACAGCCAAUAUGAGAAAUUCCAAAGUACGCGAUGCAUUGAAAUUCCGCGGCACCGAGUUGCAACUUAAUCAAGCGGUUGCAUAUGCCAUCGAGCAAGACGCUAUUCACAAAGAAGAUGACUUCGAUACCGAACUAGUGUGCGGAUACUGUAGGCGUCAGGGCCACAGAUCUGAGCACUGCAAAGCCAAAGAAAAGGCAAUCACGGACAGCAAUCGUACUGCAGGCUACCAAAUGACCAAAACUUGUGGACGCUGUGGUCAUUCGGGCCAUACUCAUCUCCACUGUGUGGUAGUAAAAAUCAAUCAAAAUGGCCAAGCAAGAAUUGGAAACGCGAAUGCAAAUCACAACAAUGCAAAUCGCAACGGCAACAACAACAACAACCGAAAUGGUAACCAAAAUCGUAAUGAUGGUCGUUACAAUUCAAAUGGCCGUAAUUCAAACGGCAGCUCGAACUACAAUAGGAACAACAACAACAACAACAACGGAAAUAGGCAAAACGGCAACGGCAACAAUGGAAAUCGCAACAACGAUCAAAGAAACGGUAACAAUUUCCAAAAUAACAACAACAAUCAGGGCAGCGGAUAUCGAAAUAAUAACGGCAACCGAAACAAUUUCAACAAUCGCGGCCAUCGAAAUUUCAAUGGCAAUAAUAAUGGCAACAGCGGCAACAGCGGCAACAACUACAAUAACGGCAACGGUUAUUCACAGCCUCUGCCGCAGCAAAAUUAUCAAAAUUUCAACAAUAAUAAUCAACAGCAGCAGCAAAGAAAUUUUAGCGUAGCAACGGCUCCUCCGCCCGGUCAAAUGGCACCAAACCAUGUUUUCCAACCGGCAGCGGCUGUCCCGAGAUUUGUAGCACAGCGUUUGCAACAUUCGGAAAACUUCAGAGGCUGA